UGGUAACCUGACUGGAAACUUUCUUCUGCCAGUUUUUCGCUCAGUGAUUGUAGAAACAAACCCUCUCAACUCUUCAAUUCCAGUUAUGUCAUCAUCUCUCAUCACUGUGGUUGAUCGCUAAUUGAACCCUAUUGUAUUUUUAGAUUGAAUGAGGGUUCAGUCCCCAAAAAGUGUUGCUUCAUUUGGACAACUACUGUUAGGAGUAAAGUUCAGGUAACGUUAACGGCUGGACAACCAUGGCUGACGGAGAAAACGGGGUUGGUACUUCAAAAACAUUAAAUUUCAACGUUGGAGUGUUAGGACAUGUUGACAGCGGUAAAACGUCUCUGGCUCGAGCACUCAGCAGCACAGCUUCCACCGCUGCUUUUGACAAGAAUCCACAGUCCCGUGAGCGUGGGAUCACGCUAGACUUGGGGUUCAGCUCGUUCACCGUGGACCUACCGCAGCAUCUGGAAGCCGAGUGUUGCCCACUGGGUUAUGACAACCUGCAGUUCACGCUUGUCGACUGCCCAGGUCAUGCAUCCCUCAUCCGCACCAUCAUUGGCGGAGCCCAGAUCAUUGACCUGAUGGUGCUGGUUGUGGAUGUGGUGAAAGGGAUGCAGACUCAGACAGCAGAGUGCCUUCUGAUUGGCCAGUUGACCUGCUCGCGCAUGCUGGUCAUCCUCAACAAAACAGACCUGUUGCCAAGCAACAAAAGACAGAGUGCCAUUGAGAAGAUGACCAAAAGGAUGCACAAAACUCUGGAGAACACCAGGUUUAAAGACUGCCCUGUCAUAGCUGUGGCAGCUAAGCCUGGAGGUCCUGAGGCUGCAGACACAGAUGAACCCCAAGGCAUCCCUGAACUGGUAGAGGUACUGAAACAACAGGCUUUCCUGCCUCAGAGGGACUCCACAGGCCCCCUGUUAAUGGCUGUGGAUCACUGCUUCUCCAUCCGAGGCCAAGGCACUGUCAUGACUGGCACUGUCCUGCAGGGGGCAGUGCACAUCAACGACAAUGUGGAAAUCCCAGCCUUGAAGGUGACGAAGAAGGUGAAGUCCAUGCAGAUGUUCCGGCGGCCGGUACCCAUGGCCAUGCAGGGCGACCGCGUGGGCGUGUGCGUGACGCAGUUUGACCCCAAGCUGUUGGAGCGCGGCGUGGUGUGCUCGCCCGGCUCGCUGCACACGCUCCACGCCGCCCUGGUCCCCGUGCACAAGAUCAGCUACUUCCGCGGAGCGCUGUCCAGCCGCACCAAGUUCCACAUCAGCCUCGGCCACGAGACCGUCAUGGCGCGCGUCACCUUCUUCGGUUCCGCGGCGGCAGCUCCGGUCGGCCAGGCCGGAGAGGAGUCAGACGCUGCUGGCGACAAGGCCCCCGCCGAGGCGGCUUUUUCCUUUGACAAGGAGUACUGCCACCAGGAGGAGUACAUUGCUGGGCAGGGUGAGGGCCAGGACCCUGAGCAGUGGGCCCUGCUGGAGUUUGAGAAGCCGGUCACAUGUCCGCCCCGCUGCUUGGUGAUUGGCUCGCGGCUGGACACGGACAUCCACGCCAACACGUGCCGACUGGCCUUCCACGGGAGGCUCCUGCACGGAAUGGAGGAGAAGAACUACGCAGAGACCACCCUGCCCCGCCUGCUCAUCAGCAAAGACAAACAGAGAGAGGGGACUGUGGAGAGGGUGACCGAUGACUACACUGUGAUUGGCCGGAAUCUGUUUAAGAAGGAGACCAACCUGCAGCUGUUUGUGGGGUUAAAGGUCACACUGUCGUCGGGGGAAACGGGGGUGAUUGAGGGUGGCUUUGGACAGAGUGGCAAAGUGAAGAUUAGAAUACCAGAGGGGCUGAAAGAGGAGACGAAGCAGCUGCUCUCCUGUGGGAAGAAGAAAGGGAAAGGCGGAAAGGGGGACUCGGUCAAGGAGGAGGAGCCUAAAGGAGACUCUCAGCCUGUUCUAAUCCACCUGCGCUUCAAGAGGUACAUCUUCGACCCCAAGAAGAAGAUGGUUCAGUCCUGACCACUAUGACCCCAAGAAGCGGAUGGUUCAGUCCUGACCACUGUGACUCUGAGAGGCCUCGGGAACAUUCUGGAACUCUGAAGGUGGCAGUCAGACACUUAAAGAACUGAAACCACUCACACACACACAUUCACCAUGUACACACACACACACACUGACACACACACACAUACACACACACACACACACACACACAUACACACAUGUGCACGCGCACAUGGGUAAUCAUGAAGGCAGCCAGAGCACAGCUACAUAAGAAAUAUAAUGAGAAAAAAAAUAAGAAAUAUAAUGUAGUUACCGGGUCUAGUUUACACCUGUCUUUAUAGAUACUGUUUAAAUUGCUCAUUAAGGAAAACCAAUAUAUUUCAGUGAUGAAUGAGGCUUAACUUCUUAGCGCACACGUGUGCACACACACAUAAUCAAUCUUUAGUCUCAUCAAGUUUCUCAUUAGUUAGUUCAUAUACUGUGACCGUGGUCUCUGCUGACCGACGCAUAUAUAUACCUCCUCUCCGCUCCUCACCAACCAACAUGUAGGAUGAUGACAUCAGCUUGGUGUUGUGCAGAUUAAUGAAGCUGGGAACCAAUGAAGUGCUCUUGUGUGUGUGUGUGUGUGUACACAAGUCGAUAUUUUGAUAGUGUGUGUGUGUGUGUGUGUGUGUGUAAUCCAGAAAGAGUGAAUGUAUGAGAAUGAGAGUUUGUGUGUGUGUGUGUGUGUGUGUGUGUCUGUGUGUACAACAAUGUAUGGGAGUAAAUGCUGCUGUCAAACCCCAAGUUUGUGUGCCUGUUAGUUCUCUUUUGCAACUUCCAAUCAGAUCAGCAAUGAUUCUGCAGGGUUAAUAAUGUCACACCUCAGACACAUGAAUAUUAUCAGAUAGAGAGAACUACAUGAAAAUGCAUAGUAUGGGGGAUGGGGGGCAUCCCAUACCACAUAGGGUCCAGUGCCCAUGGGGGCUGUAACAGGGGGGCUACAUUGGGUGCAUAACUGAAGCGCUCCGCUCUCAACGCAGCAAUGCUGCAGCACUUAGCUUCCACUGUAAUCACUGGAAGUAGCUACACCAGAUGUGAUAGCGACUCGUACGUUUCGAAAAACUAGACCAGUCUUCUAAAAUGAAUUUCCCCUUGGGGAUCAAUAAAGUAUCUAUCUAUCUAUCUAUCUAUCUAUCUAUCUAUCUAUCGAAAAUUGUUUUUACGCAUCGCGAACGGAACACUUCAGUUACUCGCCCGGUGUAGCAACCCUGGAAUUCUGACCUGAGGUCAUUUCUCAUUCCCCUUUCCAUCUCUCUCCCACUGCUGUCCACUGUCAAUAAAGGCAAUAACGGCCCAUAAGUAAUUGAAGAGAAAAAAAAACCCAUACUAUUGCGUAUAACAUGCGUGUAGCCUACUUCAAUGCUCUACCCUCUCAUAAGUAUACAAAAGCACUGAAUCGUGUAGUUAGGAAGUAGUAAGUAGUCAGUAGUAACUUUCUGGUGUUUUAGAGAAAGGGGAGUAUUUCCAUAUUUUGACAACCGUUCAAAUGAAAUUUCAGGUGUCAGAAUUCAAUUGUGACAGUCCCAGGAGCCUCUAGUUAAUAACAAAGCAGUACAGAUUUUUGUUCCGUUCCUUAUCAUUUGCUUUCGAUGCACUAUUUUACUCAAAGCAGCAGAGGACACUGCAGGACUGAGAACUCCUAAAAACCUUCCUGCUACAGGGAGUCACAUCGUCUGAGCAUUCCAGUUUCCUGCCAGGUCCGUGCAUGGCACCUAAAAUACACUAAUCAGUUUGUGUAAGAUCACCAGAAGCUCAAAUAAAAUCAUAUAGAAAGGAAUCAGUAUUGAUGCAAACACCAUGUUGUUGUUUUUUCACUAUCUCCAUCAGUUGUAUUGGUAAAUUUUUUUUUUUAAAUCUAGCAGCAAAUUGAUAGUGUCAUAAUUCCUCAAACAUAAAUCUUGGUCAAUUUCUUUGGAGCAAGUGAACAUAAAGGAGUAGUUAGCUGCUUCUCAAAAUCAAUAAAAGAAAUAAAAUAAAAUAUAAUGGAUAUGAUAAAAUAGGCCAAUGAAAUAUACCGUUCAUACACUUGGAAGUUUUAGUUACCAACUAAAUAUGAGUGAGACGAAUGGUAUAAAUGGAAGCUGAUGAUCCCAGCAUGGUCAUGUAAUUUAGCAGACACUUUUGUACAUAGGGACAUACAAAUAUAACAAUACAAUAGUUAAAAUAAACAACUAUCGUUAUAAAUAAAGUAAGGUCUAAAAGUUGGUAGGACUACAUUAAGCAUAGUAGUGAUAACAAUGUCAAUACAAUAUCAACGAUCACUAAUGAAAAAUAAACAAAUACCAUAACACCAGCUACGCGUGGGCUUUUUAAACCAGUCCAUAUACUGUAGGACAUGUCCUUAAUUUAAUAAAGACUUUUUUAACAAAGGAGUGCCUUGGUCUGAGAAAACUUUUUUUCUCUUUUUUGACUUCUGGAUUUUGACCUUGUACCAAAGAGCACCCGAAGGAAACUGAAAAACUUGGAUAAAGAGCACGCCACAAAUCAACAUACUGAAAUAUCAUAACAUCUUAGAAACAUUACAGUUUCAUUUAGUAACAUUUUUUGCUUUGAAAGUAAAUUUGAACAGUUAUAUAAAAAAAAAAAGGAUAGCAAUGAUAACAGUAAUGUCAAUACACUAUUAACGAUAAGUAAUCAAAUACCACAACAUCGUAGGAACAUUACAUCGUAGGAGUAUCUUUUGUUUUCAAUGUAAACUAGUGCAGAGCCCGUAGAUGUGGCAUUUUUUGUUCGUAUAGUAUGAAAUUAGGCACUGCACACACUCGUGCCAUUAGGAUGACACCCACCAACUUUGAGAGCAGUCGGAUGAGUGGUUCGAGAGUUAUGCGUGGAACAGACAGACUGACACACAGACAGACAUUCCUUGCAUUAAUAGAUAGAUUCUAACAGCUAUAAAUAAUUUGGUAGGACUACAUUAUUGGUAGUAAUGAUAACAGUAAUGUCGAUACAAUAUCAACGAUCAGUAAUGAAACAUAAACAAAUGCCCAGUUUCAUCAAGCAGCAUUUUUUGUUUUUAAAGUAAUUUUUUGUGUCAUGAACAUAAUUUAUAAAUAAAGAGUCGUGAGUACACCUCGGUAAUAUACUGUGAUGUGCAGUUAGUGAACAGUUUCUGGUCAAGUAUUAAAUAU